CGAAGCAGACUCAGCAUUCAAAAAAUAUAGGAGAAAAAUAAAUAAUAAAACGAUAGAAAUAUUAUAGUUCGGCAAAGAAGGUAAGGCUUUUCGAAAAGAGCUGUAUGAAAUUAUUGAGAAGAAUAAUCUCGACGUCAAUCUGGGCGGUUUUGCUUUAACUGAUGAUGGUGCCUCCGAAUGGAAUACUUUUCGGUGCGAUCGUGAAAAUGACAGAGUGGCUGCAUUUUUGGCGCAGGGUAAGUAUGCAUCGAAAAGCGUGAUUGAUCAAGAAUUGGCAGCGAAAAUCGCUUCACUUGACAUCGCCAGUAUUGAUGGGCAGGAAGCAGGACAUGUAUCGGGAGAUGCUUCGCAACGUCAUCCCUCCAUUGCAGCUUCUGACGUGCUAAAUGUAACAUCAACAGCCGAACUGUUGAGCAUGUCACAGGUGGUCGUCGAGAAUCUUGGAGGAAUAAGAAAAAAAUUCUUUGCUUAUUCAUCUACGACGCAACUUCUUUUUGAAAAACUUCAAGGCUGCGCUCGUUUCUUGAAGGGGUUGCUCGAUAAGCAGGGAAAAAGCGAUCAAGCCCAAGAGCUUAUAGAUGAACUGGAGAAAUUGCACAUUAGUAUCGAACAGUUCAGCUCAACAGUACUAGAUAUAAGCCGCGAUUUUGAAGGUUUGGAUUUUUUAUAUUUAUAUAUAUUUUUAUUUAUCCUUAUUUGUAUAUUUUAUAAAUACCUGUUUUAUAUAUUAAUUUAUUUUUAUUCAUUCAUCAUUAGAGAAAAGCAUCAGCGAUAUAUCGAUACGUUUGGGACAGUCGAUGAAUUGUUCCUCAUUCCGCUUAUCUUCAGCGUCAGCUCGUUUGCUUCAAAGACCUGUAAUCAGCUGAAUGUGGAACUUGCUAAUGAAAAGCAGAAGGCAAUAGAAGCUGCGCAUCUCAGCGAACAACUACAGGGACGCAUUUGUGAUCUGGAGAAAUCCAAUCAGAAAAUAACAGACGAGCUGAACAGUCUUAAGAAUGAUAUGGCAGUGAAGGAGGAAGAAUCAGCAAAUGUCGCGAUGCAACUGAGGCACGUUAACGAACAAUACGCCUCACUUUUUCAGCAAGCAAACGAGCUGCGAAAGACACUUGAAAUAAAAGAAUAUCGAGCAAUCGAGAAGGACAAUGAAAUGAAGCGCGAAAUGAAAGGAAUAACGGAGCAAUGCCAGCAACUGCAAAUUCAACUCGCCGAGACUGUUCAUACACUGGGAGUGAAGGAAGAACUGAAUGAGGCACUUCGAGCGGAAGUGGAUCGCGUUAACGAACAGCUGGCAAACUGUGAAAGCGAACUGGCCCAUUGUAGAGCUGUAAGUGAAUUGCUCCUGUUGGUCGCUUUUGAUUUUGUGUUACAGAAUUCCUGUUCUGUGAAUGCUCUGUUGCCUCUUUUUGCAUGGGCACUUGCCCUCUUCUUGACUAAUGUAGAGAGACAGUGGCAGAUUGCAGAAGUGUCAUUCGUAUUGCAGGAAAUAAUGGGUUUGGAAAACAAAGUAAAUGAGACGAUUCGCAUUGUGAAGGAAAGCCUGGGCAUUGUUUAUGAGCCGCCGCCGACAAAUGUAUUGAUGCUGCAAGGUGGAGACGCUGAAACAGCAGCCCUGAACCAGCUUGCCCAAAUCGAAAUGCAUCUUGACGAAUUCGUACAGGUCAGCCAUACGAUUGCUGAAUUGAGAGCUCGGAGCGCCACAUUGCAACGCGACGCAGAAUUCGCUGAAAAAACCCGCAAUGGUGCGGAAGCUAAGUGCCGCGAAAUGCAAGAAAAAAUUGGGAUCUUAAAACAAAAAGUACAAGAUUUGGAGGAAGAGGUUCGCGCAGAGCGCCGCUCGAGAAAAACACUGGAGAUGGAGCUGCAGCAGUUAUCCAUCAAGAAUAGCUGUAUCAAGGAGAAUUUUGAACGAGUGGCAAAAACGCUGGCUGAAACUGAAAGGAAAUAUGAAGACUUACUGGCAAAUCGAAACCGCAGUUCACUGGCAGAAAGUUAUUCAACGGUUUUGUGUACAGCGACUGUCGGUACAAUGACUUCACUGACUGCGCGAGAACUUGAACAAACAGAUAGUACCGCCGCUCUGUCUUCGUUUGCAAAGCGAAUGUACCUUCUUGCUGCGGAAUGGCAGGAACAGAGUGUGUCUGAGGACAGAAGUUCGUUCACAGCAAACGAUUUGGAGCGCCUGUAUAAUUUCUUCUCCCGUAUGCUCAAACAUCUGAAUGAAAAAAUGGAAGAACUCCGUAAUCAGCUGGUUGUGGCGAACAGUCAGCUGCGAUCGAUGGAAUUCGAUGCACAAGAAAACCGCCAGCCGUAA